GCUUUUCGCUGGCUGGGCUGGGCGGAGGAGGGCGUGGGGCUGUGCUGUGCGCAAGUAUUGGGAAAGCACUCCGGGAGCGCACGGAGCCUGGGCCUCUGCUCUCUGAUCUCCGCCGGAGGAUUUUAAUGUGAAUUGGGAGAACAGGGAAGCCAGCCAAAGGCUCCUGGGAGAAGGCAGCCGAGGGCAGCUGGGAACUCUCCGGGCGGCCGCCGAGACCCGCGCCAUGGGCAUCCUGUAUUCCGAGCCCAUCUGCCAAGCAGCUUAUCAGAAUGACUUUGCUGAAGUCUGGAGGUGGGUGAGAGAAGAUAACAGCUAUGUGAACAUUCAAGACAGCUUCAACGGGGACACCCCUCUGAUCUGCGCUUGCCGACGGGGACACCUGAAGAUCGUUGCGUUCCUUUUACGAAGAAAUGCCAACGUGAAUGCCAAAAAUAAGAAAGAGAGAACAAGCCUCCAUUAUGCAGUGAGGAAAAGGUUCACCUUCCUUGACUAUCUGCUCAUCAUUCUCUUGAUGCCCGUGCUUCUGAUUGGCUAUUUCCUGAUGAUAUCAAAGACAAAACAGAACGAGAAUCUCGUCAGGAUGUUACUCCGGGCCGGCGCGGAUGUUAAUGCCACAGACUAUGUUGGCUGCACAGCUCUUCACUAUGCGUGUGAAAUGAAAAACCAAAGCAUCGUCCCCUUGCUUCUGGAUGCCCAUGCAGACCCCACCAUAAAGAACAAGCACGGCGAGAGUGCUUUGGACAUUGUGCAGAGAUUAAAGUUUUCUCAGAUUGAAACCAUGUUACGGAAAGCAUCCUAACUCUCCUGGCGUCAUUGUGGAGCACUGGACUAAGAUCAAGGACUCUGGCUGGUUCCCUGUGUUCAUCUCUGGUUCCACCAUCUGAUGUCAGACCUCAGUGUGUGUGCUUCAGUUUCUCCAUCUGUACAAAGGGGAUAUUUUGUCACCAGGGAUGAUGAACAUAAUAUGUUUGCUAU